GCCACAGACCGGCCAAUACAGAUUAAAGAUGGCGCCCUCUCGUACGCUGAGGUGCUGCAAACGGGCUCUUAACUGGAUACCUGUCCUGUUUAUUAACCUGGUCGUUGGCUGGUCGUACUACGCUUAUGUUGUGGAGCUUUGUGUUUAUACAAUCACAAACAAUGCAGAGAGAAUCAGCUACCUGGUCAUCUUCCACAUUUUCUUCUUCAUGUUCAUAUGGUCUUACUGGAAGACCAUCUGCACCAGACCUGCCGAACCAUCGAAAGUGCGCUAUAAUUUCUUGUACUGUCAGUUCGCCCUGCCGAGAGCGGAGAAAGACCAGUUUGAAAAGGAAGAGCAAGCGGAGAUGCAACAGGAAAUUCUGAAGAAGGUGGCUAGGAAUUUACCCGUCGACACACGCACAGCGGGAGGAGUCAUCCGAUACUGUGACCUCUGCCAGGUGAUCAAACCUGACCGCUGCCAUCAUUGUUCAACCUGUGAGAUGUGUGUGCUCAAAAUGGACCAUCAUUGUCCCUGGGUGAAUAACUGUGUCGGCUUCUCAAACUACAAGUUCUUUGUCUUAUUUUUGGCCUAUGCUUCACUUUACUGCGGCGUGAUAUGCGCUACAGUUGUCCAGUACUUCAUCAAAUUCUGGUCUAAACAUCUUCCCAACACGCAUGCCAAAUUCCACAUAUUGUUCCUUUUCUUUGUGGCAGCGCUGUUUUUCAUCAGCAUCCUGUCACUCUUCAGCUACCACUUCUGGCUCGUAGGCAAGAACAGGACCACCAUAGAGGCUUUUCGGGCCCCGGUGUUUGUAAAAGGUCCAGACAAAAACGGAUUUUCUCUCGGCUUCAAGCGCAACGUCGCCGAGGUUUUUGGGGAUGAAGCGAAGCACUUCAUAUUCCCUAUUUUUUCCAGUCUGGGGGACGGGCAUUCUUUUGCAACCAGACUGGUGCACAUAGAUCCUGAACAGGCAAACGGCGUCUUGCAACAAAAUGGCAAAAGUCUUUCUAAUGAGGAAAUAAACCCAAAUGGGCUGGCCAACGAUACACAACACGAAGUGGAUGACAAGAAGGAAGAGAAUGGAGGAGUCCAAACAGUGUCCGUGGCCAUGGAAAGCGAGCCAUAGAAGCUGACCUCACAUGUUGCCUUGACCAUCAGCACGUCCACUGAAGCCAUCCUUCAGUCCCGAUAUCUUGUUUUUUUUUUUAAUGUUAGGUCGCUACUUGGUACUACGAGGGCUUUGUCAUGACCCUUUAGACUGCCGCACUCCGAUCCAGCGGUUUGCAUUAGUUGUUGUCC